ACAAUGCUAAUUUUUCUGCACUGUUAGGCUUUUUAGUGUUUAUUGUUUGUAAAGAAAGCUUUAAAACAAGAUGGGCUAUUGGACACCUUCGAAAAUUGCUGCAUCUGUAUUGGGGGCACUCAUUAAUGGACUCUUUAUUCCAACUAUGGCUGUAAAUGGCUGGAUAUACAGUGGUAUAAUCGGCAAGGGACUGUACAAUACAUGUGGUGGAGGUAUUUGCACUGGAACACAAUGGGGUCAGAUAGCUGGCGAGGACGCAACGCGUAUUAUGUACAUUAUAGCUGCAAUUGUUCUUGGUCUAAAACUGUUUAUCAGCAUCGGGUAUUGUGUUACAAAGAACCAUGCCCCUUUGAUGCUUGGAUUUGGAAUUUGCGAAGUUGCAGCAGGUAUUAUUAUGUUUGCUGGAUCGAUCACGUACGUUCGGACGUUUGCAGAAGCAAUCGCGGAUAGUAACGGAGGCAGUGCAUUUGGUGUUGCCUUUUAUCUAUCCUGGUUUGCCGCGAUCAUUUCAAUAAUAGCUGGAUGUUUUAAUAUUCAUGUGUAUUCUCAGUGCAAAAAUAAUUCGAGUGAAGUCAACGUAGAGAUUUCGUGAUAAUACAAUAAAAGGUGAAGACGAGUCGGUUCGAUGGAGUCGAAUAACUGCUUUGAGUAGAACUGUACAUUUAUUGGGAUAUAAUGUAUAUCGGAACGUUUUUAUAAAUAUAACCAUUGAAUUUGAAUAGUUUUCUUUAUGUUUAGAACUGUACAUCCAAAGUUUCAAUUUUAGGUCGGUGUAAACUUCAUAAUUUUGAAUGCAAAUAAACGGUAUUGUUUUUAGCUCAA